AUGUUCCACAGUCUAGAAUACGAUAGUCUACCCAAGGGUAGGGCCCAAAUGAGCAUUCGAAACUUCGUAGAAGCGCUACGCGAUACGAGAGUCGUCUCUCGCUCUGCCGCAGUACGUGUCAUCGGACGCUGGGAGCGUUCCCACGGCACGUCCUCCAAGCACAGCUGCCCGAAGCGAACUGAGCGGCCGAUACCUGCAGCGGCACGCACACUAGCGCGCCGCACGCACACGAACGCGCUCUCCGAAGCUCUGUCUCUACGUCCUUCCGAG